UCCACCAAGACAAUGCAAGCUCGCACACAGCCCAAAAAAACAAGGCAGGAUUUAACGGAAGAAAACGUGGAAUUAUUGGACCAUCCUCCAUAUAGUCUCGAUCUAAGUCCUACCGAUUUCUUUACUUUCCCUAAACUUGAAAACAGACAGCGUGGUCUAAGGUUCCAGUCACCAGAAGAAGCAGUUGACGCAUUCAAAAAUACCGUUUUGGAUCUGCCAGCAAACAAGUGGAAUAAGUGCUUCGAUAAUUGGUUCGAGCGCAUGCAGAUGUGUAUUAGUCUUCGUGGAGAAUACUUCGAAAAACAAUAAAGUCAUUUAAAACUACCUACCGUGUUGUUUUAUUUCCAUAUGCAAAGCUUAAAAGACAUCCCUCGUAUUAUAUCUUCAUGUAACAGAGAUGGAACGACUUUAUUUACCUUGUCAGUGGUGCACCUUAUAUAUUCAAUCAUUU